CGCUGCCCAAUCUGGAAUGCACAGGCCUCUGAGGCUCCUCGGAAAGGCACAGCCUAAUGGGUGACACUGGCGUAACACAACAACCAUCCUCAAUCAUGAGCACUGAUGAGAAGAAGGAGAAGAAGGAGAAGAAGAAGCUCGGACUCCAAGCCCCUGAGAACGUUACCCAGAGCAGUUCCACUGGCGCUGUGCGCUGGGCUCUUCCUGAGGAGCCCCGUCAGAUGCACAACUCAGCACCCACCAAAAUCACCCCCCGCAAACCAAAGGACCUGAAAGAUCUGCGUGGCCUACAGGAAUGCACAAAAUUUAUCAUCAACUGGAAGCAACAAGUUGAGAAUGUUUGCAAGAACAGCACAGGGGCCGAUGGCAGCAGCAAAGACCAGAAAGACCUACCCAGUAGUCUGGAGCGGAGUCGCAAACUCAUCCUGCGGUGGGCUGAGGAGCUCAAGAAAGUAGACGCGCUGUUCAGCGAUGUUAGUGAGAGGAAGGAGGAAAAACAGAAUGACAAAGCAACAACACAGAGUGACAACACUGAAGCGGACCAGAGGGUCAUGGAGUGGGCCAAAGAGCUUCAGACUGUCACUGAGAGAUGUGGUCUGAUGAGAGAGGAGCUUCUCCAGGCUCUGAGACAACUGCAACUGCGCAAGAAGAAACUGAUGAUGACCCUGCUCCCCUUCCUGGAAUUUAUCACCUGGUCGAUGCUGAAAGAAGACCGGGACUCUGUCUCUCAGCUGUGGCUUGCCACCAAACAGCGCACCUGGAAGACAGAGACACCCAAGUACAUCCCAAAUUCAGUGUGGGACUGGAUCUGUAGUGCAUCAGUCAACGUAACGCUGGACACAAUGACCAAUCACCCGUGGCUGAUCGUGUCCGACGACCGCAAGAAGGUGCAGGAGGCGCACACGGAGAUAGAGGUGGCCUUCAGCGCACAGCGCUUUGAUAGUUGGCCAUGCGUGCUGGGCUGGGAAGGUAUGGCCGUCGGCCGCCACUACUGGGAGGUACAGCUGGCCAACAAUGGCUACUGGAGGCUCGGCUUGACCACGGCCUCCUCAAAGCGCCAGGGUCGCUUCACCAUGUGCCCUGAGGAGGGCUACUGGACACUGUGGCGGAGCACUCGGCAGUUCUACGCCUGCAGUAAGCCGGAAACCCUUCUGCCCCAGGAGCUGGUGCCCACCAGAGUGGGCAUUUACUUGGACUAUGAUGAAGGUCAGAUCUCCUUCUACAACGCGGAGACGCGGUCGCAUCUCUACACAUUCAAGGGUGUCUUCCGUGAAAAGCUUUACCCCCUCUUCGCACCUCUGGACGGACGUACGCUCAUGACUAUAACAUCCCCUAACAUGUAAGGCUUUGAAAAGUUUAGCAAAUUUAUUGUCGACAACUAACCCAUUUACGUUUAGGCUCCACCAUUUGUAUCAUAUUUACCAUCCAAAAACGAAGUUUCUGAAUUGAUGAAGGUACAUCAUUUUCACAUCAGUCUGGUCCAACUACUUCAUUAACAUUUUGCCACUAGCCUUAAAAUGGCAUAUUAUGAAACAAUU